GUUUCGUAGUACACGAAAGUACGUUGUGAGUUCGUGAAAUAUAAUUAUUUUAUUUAAUAGUUGUAAUAGUAAUUGAUUUUUUCUAUUAUUUUUAUGUUUGUAAUGUUUUUAUAACUGUGAUGAUAAUAGUGAUAUGACAAAGUUGGAAAUAGAAAAUUAGUGAGACAAAAUGGCUGGCGUCGGAAGAUUUCUACUUUCCAUCGUUCUUGUUCAACUAAUCGAAUAUGAGCCCAGCGACGCAGCCCAGGGCCACUGCGUGUGGUACGGCGUGUGCUCCAACGACACCGGGCCCCUCAACAAGCAGCUCAACUGCCUCUAUGAGGGCCCCGCGCUGCCUAUCACCUCCGACGCUAUGCCAAUUCUACAGAAAUAUUGUCCGGAUAUAGCGGCCGGCGGCGUCUCGUGCUGCAACAUAGAACAGCUCCGGAUCUUGGAUAAGAACAUCGGCACUGCGCUGGGCUUCCUGUCCAGGUGUCCCACGUGCACGGACAAUUUCAUCAAGCACAUAUGUGGCAUGACCUGCAGCACGAGCCAGAGCGAUUACUUGCAUCCGGCUAAAGUUGAACCGUUUAAUUCUACUCACCAGGCCAUAAGGGAGUUAGAUUAUCACCUCAGCACAACUUAUAUGAAUACUACGUUUACGUCAUGUUCCAGUGUCCAAGUGCCAUCAACGAACCAGGUGGCCUUGGAUUUGAUGUGCGGCGAGUACGGCUCUGUGUUCUGCACGCCUCAGCGCUGGUUCGAGAGCAUGGGGGACGUGAACUCCCCCUACGUCCCCUUCCAGAUCAACUACAUCAGCGGAGAUGAGCCCGUCGACGGGUUCACGCCGUACAACCCGCCCGUACUGCCGUGUAACGUCGGCAUCAACGGUCAGCCCGGGUGCUCGUGUCUGGACUGCGCGGCGUCGUGUCCUCCCCCCGCGCCUCCCCCGCCCGCGCCCCGCCCCUUCACCCUCGCGGGCGCCGACGGGUACGCGGUAUGCAUGGCCAUCGUAUUCGUCAUCUUCAGCACGCUCUUCCUCGGCGGCGUCUACUGCUGCAACCAGCCCUCCAGCGCUGUGGAGGGCUGGCGAGACGGCGAGUUGGAAGGCGCCGAGACUAGCCCGCUGCACACACACCGACCCAGUACGUAUGCACCGAGUUACGAGGGUGUGGCAUCGGAAAACAACCAGGAGAUGACGACGAACCCGGCGGCAGUGGGUUGGUCUGCGGACCAGGUCGACGGCGGAGACUCGAGUUUCUUUGAGCGGCUCGGUGCCAAGACCGAGACCAAGAUGGAGGACUUCUUCCAAUGGUGGGGAUGCAUCAUGGCGUCCAGACCUUGGCUUGUCCUGCUUCUCGGUAUAUGCGUGGUAGUCGGCCUAGGGUACGGCAUUAAGUUCAUGCAGGUGACGACCAACCCGGUUGAGUUGUGGGCCGCGCCCAACUCCCGGUCUCGUCUGGAGCGCGAGUACUUCGACUCGCACUUCGAGCCCUUCUACCGCACGGAAAUGCUCAUCAUCAGCGCGAAGGGGCUGCCCAAGGUGGAGUACACAACCCCCGAUGGAAAGUCCAUGACGUUUGGCUCAGUUUUUAACUCGACCUUCCUACUCAAAGUACUGGACCUGCAGAAUAGGAUUAUGGCCAUUGGCAACAAGACCCGCAUUGAAGAUAUAUGCUUCGCGCCACUCUCGUCUCCUUUCACGGGCCCCGUGACGGCCGACAACUGCGCCGUUCAAUCCGUAUGGGGCUGGUGGGGCAACGAUCCCGACGAGGUGACGGACAAUCUCGAAAAGAACGCAUACCUGGAUCAGUUCAUGAAGUGCUCCAGUAAUCCCUACACGUGUCUGUCUGUCUGGGGCGGUCCAGUGUUGCCGGCGGUAGCACUUGGCGGCUUCUUGGCGCCUCAGGAGCCGCUUUCCAAGAAUUCGAGGUUCCACGAGGCCACGGCUCUCAUCCUCACCAUAUUGGUGAACAACAAGCACGACAAGGAGAAGCUAAAACCGGCACUCGAAUGGGAAGAGGAGUUCAUAGAGUUCAUGAAGAAGUACACAGAGGAGGAGAUGCCGGAGUGGAUGGACAUCGCGUACACGUCGGAGCGUUCCAUCGAGGACGAGUUGGACCGCGGCUCUCACUCGGACGUGUCCACCAUCCUGGUGUCGUACUUCAUCAUGUUCGCGUACAUCGCCAUCGCGCUGGGCCGCUUCACCACGUGCUCGCGGCUGCUCAUCGACAGCAAGGUCACGCUGGGACUGGGAGGUGUGCUCAUCGUUCUGGCGUCGGUGGCCUGCUCGAUUGGUAUAUUCGGGUUCGUGGGAGUGCCGGCCACCCUCAUCAUUGUGGAGGUGAUUCCCUUCCUGGUGCUCGCCGUGGGUGUGGACAACAUCUUUAUCCUUGUGCAGACCAGCCAGCGCGAACCACGGCGGCCCAACGAGACCGUAGCUGAGCAUAUCGGAAGGACGCUGGGUCAAGUGGGGCCCUCUAUGUUCCUCACAUCGGUGUCGGAGUCGGUGUGUUUCUUCUUGGGUGCCCUGAGUGACAUGCCGGCGGUGCGGGCCUUCGCCCUGUACGCGGGCGGUGCCCUACUCGUGGACUUCCUGCUUCAGGUCACCUGCUUCGUAGCCCUGUUGGCCUUGGAUACACACAGACAAAACGCUAACAGAUUCGAUGUGUUCUGCUGCGUGUCAGGCACCAAGAGUGAAGUGAGUGCGGAGGGCGGCGAGGGCGCCCUCUACAACCUAUUUAAGUACGUGUACGUGCCGUUCCUGAUGAAGCGGGAAGUGCGCGCCGCCGUCAUGAUUAUAUUCUUUGCCUGGCUCUGCUCCUCCGUCGCGGUGGCGCCUCACAUAGAAAUAGGAUUAGACCAGGAGCUUUCGAUGCCCCAAGACAGUUUCCAGCUGAAAUACUUCCAACAUCUAAAGCUGUACCUGAACAUCGGUGCACCGGUCUACUUCGUGGUGACCGAGGGACUCAACUACAACGAGACCAGCGCUCAGAACCUGGUUUGCGGCACUAGGUUUUGCAGUCCGGAUAGUGUGGCUAAUCAACUUUACGCAGCGUACCGGACUCCGGAAGUGACGUACCUGGCUCAGCCUCCCAACUCGUGGUUAGACGACUACUUCGACUGGACCGCGCUGUCCACCUGCUGCAGAUACUUCCCCUCCAACAGCAGCUUCUGUCCCAGCGACGAUUCGUCGUGUGCCAAAUGCAACAUAUCACUGGUGGGUGCCGAGAUGAGACCGUCGCCGAAAGACUUCGACCGAUACCUGCCGUUCUUCCUCCAAGACAAUCCCACCUUUGGCUGCGCUAAGGGCGGACAUGCGGCCUAUGGCAACGCCCUCAAUUACCGCAUACACGACAAGACGCAAGCACAAGUGGGAGCUACUUAUUACCAAGGGUACCACACGGUGCUGAAGAGCAGCGCGGAUUACUACGGCGCGCUGCGAGCGGCGCGCGUGGUGGCCGCCAACCUGACGCGCACGCUGCAGGCGGCGGGCCACGGCGCCGUGUCGGUGUUCCCGUACUCCGUGUUCUACGUGUUCUACGAGCAGUACCUCACCAUGUGGCCCGACACGCUGCGCUCCAUGGGCAUCUCCGUGCUCUCCAUCUUCCUCGUCACCUUCCUGCUCAUGGGCUUCGACCUGCACUCCGCCGCGAUCGUGGUGAUCACUAUUACUAUGAUCGUGGUGAACCUGGGUGGCCUCAUGUACUGGUGGGGCAUCAGUCUCAACGCUGUCUCGCUUGUCAAUCUGGUGAUGGCGGUCGGUAUCGCGGUGGAGUUCUGCUCGCACCUGGUGCACAGCUUCAGCGUGUGCGGCGCGAGCGAGGGCGGCGCGGGGCGGGCGGGGCGCGCGGCCGAGUCGCUGGUGCGGAUGGGCAGCUCGGUGCUGUCGGGGAUCACGCUCACCAAGUUCGGAGGCAUCAUCGUGCUGGGCACCGCCAAGAGUCAGAUCUUCCAGGUGUUCUACUUCCGCAUGUACCUCGGUAUUGUGCUGUUCGGCGCCGCGCACGGCCUCAUAUUCCUGCCGGUGUUGCUCAGCUAUAUUGGUUCGCCGGUGAACAAGGCAAAACUGGCCAAUCAGAGGCUGCGUGGCCAGGAGGUGGGCGUGGCUGAGACAUCGCUCACACGAGUAAGACAAGGACAGAUAUAUAGGCAGUAUAGGUUUGACCCACUUCACGCGUGAACUGAACGAGAAUGGACCUUGUAUGUUGAGUGUACUUGAUGACUUGGGGUAAUUUCUAUCUUGGACCGAACAUAGAAUGAGGAACCAGCUAAUUUUGUAAAUAUUAUGAAUAUAGCGGUGUAGGCGGGGUACGAAUAUCUCUUUAAAUGUACCUAGUAAUGUAUUCGAAUGUACGACGGCGCCUAUUGCUGCCGUGAUGCAGUAAUGUGUAAGCAUUAUUGUGUUUCGGUCUGAAGGGCGCCGUAGCUAGUGAAAUGACUGGGCAAAUGAGACUUAACAUCUUACGUCUCAAUGAGACGAGCGCAAUUGUAGUGUCGCUCAAUUUUUUUCGGUUUUUCAAGAAUCCUGAGUGGCACUGCAUUGUAAUAGGCAGCGCGUAUCAAUUACCAUCAGCUGAACGUCCUGCUCGUCUCGUCCCUUAUUUUCAUAAAAAUAAAUAAAAAUAAAGAAAUCAUUGCAUGUACAAUUUAAAUAUUAUGUGUAGGCGUACAUUCAAAGAGAUAUACGUAUAAAGUGCGGUGGGAAUUAAGGGAGAUAAUAUUAUACAAUAAAUAAUUUAAUAAGUGUGGGUGUCAUCCCAAGUCACAAAUGUACAGGUUACACAAAAUAUUUUUUAAAUCACACGUUAACGAAAAUAUAAUUGAAUCUUAACCCACUUUGUGUGUGGUUCUGAGUUCACUUGAACUUGAUUUACUUACAGUCAUUCUAAUUUCUACUUUCAAUAGUUAUUGUCAGUAUAUCUUACUUUGUUAUUAUUUUUAAUAAAUCUAGACUUUGCUGUGUCUACGUUUUCAAUCAAAGUGUUCAGUUGUUUUAUUUAUGCAGUUUAAGCACUUUUUUGGGGAUUUUUUUUAAUUAAUUGCCCUAAGUGAAUUAAAAUAUAUGAACUGAGUGUUGAACAGCUAAUUUUUUCCUUUAAUUUAUUAAUAAUAGAUUAAUUUAUAUUUGAUAUGCAUCGUUCAAUCUCGUAGCUCGUUCCAAACACUAACACAAUCGAUGUAUUUUAUCGACUGAAAUGGCAUUACAUAUGAAUCUAGUUAGCCCUGCGCACAGCUCUACUACAACAUACCUAUAUACUAUAUAAGUAAGAAAUUAUUGGGCAAAUGAGACUUAACAUUUAAUGUCUCAAGGUGACGAACGCAAUUGUAGUGCCGCUCAGAAGUUUGGGUAUUUCAAGAAUACUGAGCGGCACUGCAUUGUUAUGGGCAGGGCAUUGUUAUCAGCUGAACGUCCUGCUCGCCUCGUCCCUUAUUAUCAUAAAAAAAAAUCGGAAUGCAGACACUCUAUUGAACACCAUAUCGAAGGUUUGGUGAGUAGUGAUGUGCCGUGUGUAAUAAUCGAUGUAAAGCCAAAGUCGCUUAAAGCCGCGAUAUCGAUAGAGGUAACAAUAGUUACUUCAUCGAUGUCGAUGAAAUGCGGGAAUAUGGUUUCCUUUCUUCUAAUAUUGCAUAAGAGAUUUUUAUACGAAGCUUCCAUUUUUGAUGAACUACAAAUGCUUACUAUCAGAACUAUCCAUAGGUAUAUAUUGGUUGAAGGGACGCCUUUCAUAUUUUAUUUUUAAUUUGCAUGUAUCAAUCAUCUUUUUAUCUAAUUAGAAUAUCGCAAUCGCUAUUCCUAGUGUUUCAAAUAUUUUAUUUAUCGAUGUUUUGUAUGACGUUACCGCCACCCCUUUGUACUUAUUCAAUACAAAAGUGUGUGUAUAAUGCACGUAAAAAGUUAUACUUCGUUGGCGUUAUUAAGAAAAUAAUACUUUUUACAUCAAUUUAAACAAAUAUUAACUGAGGAAAUUGCUAAAAAUUAAACCAUAUACAAUUUUUACAAUGAAAAUAUACGCUUCAAAUUUAGUGUAAGCAUGCAACAAAUUCAAAAAUGCAAUAGCUUAGUAGUUGUAUUGCAGGGCGUAACCGUUCCGCCCAAUCCUACAACCGAAAUAAAUAUAGUCAUAAUAAAUAAAACUUUACUAUAUUGUAGUGAAAUAUAUAGUCGAAGUACUCUAUUUUCCUAAUCCGCUUAAAGAAGUAUAACUUUAGAAAGAGAAGUACUUAAAAAAGAGUGAGUGACAAGCUAUUGUGUGGAUAUUUAGCUUAAAAUACAUUGAUGCUCGAGGCCUACUCGAGCUGUAUACAAUUAGGUGUAUAUUUUAUAUAAUUGGAUUGUCUGCUUCACGUGAGACUGUGUGUGUUUCGGUGUUUACACUCGUAGGAAUAUUUUCUGCGUGCACAGAUUCGUUGAUCGUUUAACAUUCCACGUAUUUCGUAAAGCUAACCCCCGCCGGCUUUAUAUAGAUAUAACAAGACCGCGUUUUAUAUUAAAUUUUAAAACAACCAUUAUGUUAAUUAUUAAUACAGCUUUACUCACGCAUUAUCGGUGUCAGUACCGAUUAGUUUCGGACCAUUCGGUGGUCGUUCAUCAGGGUGAGUGGGGGCGGGUUCGCGAUAACGUCCCACCUCUUACUGCGGAAGGAAAUCGAAAUGGUCCGAAACUAGUCGUUACUGAGACCGAUAAAACGUGAGUAAAGCCAUAUUAAUAAAUAAGUUAAUAACGUCUCACGAAAGUUUUAAUAAUUUAACCAUUGUUUUCUUUUUUCAUGGAAAAUAAAUGUAAUAGUAAGCUGUAAUUCGAAAACGGAAGGGCACAGCGUAGAAUAUAAAUAAUUUGAAAUUUAAGAUACUUUCGAUUUCCUUAAUGAUUUUCCUUCAGUUCCUCUUUCUUUAUAUCAGAAUUCAGAGGUUAUUUUAAAAUGGUUAUAAAUAUGUAUAGUAAAUUAUAUAGGACCAUUGAAAUAUUUCAAAAUUGUAUCGUAAUUUACUUUUUACAAAAUGAUGUCUUUAUAGUAAAUGCCACGGCAAAUAUUUAUUAUUAUGCUAUAGUUAGGGAUGCACCUUUUUUAUUUUGAAUCUAUCCCUAUAAUAUAUUUAAAUACUAACAUUGGGUACAAAGUGACCGCUAACUAACAACCGGUGUCGGGUAAUCUGUACACAAUACAUGAACUAAAUGAAAGGAAAAUAUUCUUACAGGUACACCUGUAAACCCGAUGGGAAUUAAGAACAAUUGUUAAUUUAUUGUAAUAUAUCUUUGAAAUUAGCUUUUUCAUCUUAAAUUAAUCUAACUCUAGGUAUUAUUAUUGUGAUCUUGUAUGUUUUGAGAUUCAGCGCCCUCUAUGUUCCUAUCGAAGAAACUGUAUCGAAUCAUCGAGCGAAUAGUGAUGUGCUUUUACACUGUACAGAUGUCGAUAACGCAAAUGUAUUAGACUUUCAUACCGGAAUCUCCUACUUAAAACUAGUACUUAAUUAGAGGCGACCAAUAUCCAAAGGUUAUGGUUAAUUAUGUGACAACAUAAUAUUGUAAUAGAAAUAAAUUUUGUUUUAUUUUUCAUUA